AAAAAAAAAACUCUCUCAAAUCUUUUUACGCUUUCAUACACAAACAAACAACAUCCCCAGCUAUAAUUCACACCCAUUACUUGACCUACAAAUUCCUCCCUUCUCUCAUAACCAAAUAUCCAUUAAUUAAUAAUCCCCCCGAUCUUUUUCGGAAUUUAAUCUCCGCCAUGGAAGAUUUUUGCGAUCUUCGCCGUGCUGUUCGUCUUCAUCGAAUCGCUGGCGUUAAUGCGGAUCAGGCGGCGGGGGAUAGGUUUCCGCCGUGGAGUGUACUGGAGACGAAGGAAUUGCUUGCGAUUAGAGCGGCGUUGGAUAAGAAUUUCUCGGAGAUGAAACAGAAUAGAAUGCUUUGGAUUUCGGUGGCCGGAAAGAUGAAGGCUAAAGGCUUUAAUCGAAGCGACGAGCAGUGUAAAUGUAAAUGGAAAAAUCUUGUCACUCGUUAUAAGUCUUUACACAUACAGGGUUGUGAAACUAUGGAUCCCAAAGCUCUAAAGCAUCAAUUUCCAUUUUACGACGACCUUCAUACAAUUUUUACUGCAAGGAUGCAAAAGAAUUGGUGGGUCGAAGCCGAAAACCGAUCUGGAGUCUUGAAAAGGAAAGCAAACGAGGAUCCGAAUGGUGAUAGAGAAUUAGAAAACGAAGAAAAAACAAAAACGAAAAAUGUCACAAAAAAGAGGAAAUGGAAAAGGGAUAAUGAUCUUGAAGAACAUGAGAGGAAUUUGGAGGAAAUAUUGAAGGGUUUUCUGAAAAGAGAGAUGGAAAUGGAGAGGGAAUGGAGAGAAGCAUUUAGGGUUAGAGAAGAAGAGAGAAGGUUAAAAGAGGAAGAAUGGAGAAUGAAAAUGGAAGGUAUUGAGAGAGAGAAGAUGACGAUGGAGAUAUUAUGGAGAGAAAAUGAAGAAAAGAGAAGAGAAAGAGAAGAAGCAAGAGCUCAGAAAACAGAUGCUUUGAUCUCUGCUUUGUUGACCAACCUCACGUAAUUAAGGAGGUUAUGUGUAACUGUAGGAUCAACAAUGAUCAAUUCAUUCGUACAAAGUUUACAGUCCCAAAAUACUAUGCCGUUCAACCACACCUAUUUGCGAUUUGAUAGUGAAGGUUUCCCCAUUUCAAUAUGAGUUGCAGAGCUGAAGAUCAAGACCGCAAACUAUAUUUCUUUGAAAGUUGUUAUGAUCAUCUUAAGCUCCAGGUAAUUCAACAAUUUAAAUCAUGAAUUUGAGUUUUAUUAAUUUGUAAACAACUCUUUCAUCUCAUAGUGUAAUUAAUUUAAGAUUGCCAUUUUUAGGACUUAUUUAAUCACAAAAGUGUGGGGUUAUCAAUUAACUUAGAAAUUUGUAUCACCGAAUAAGAAUUUGAAUUAUUUUGUGAGUUGAAUCAUUGUUUAAAUGACACUUAAAU